CUCAAAGAUGCUAAUCUCAAAAAGGGAGAUAUUGUGGCAUACCAGCGUGGAAAGUGCAUGGCACUCCAGUGGAGGGAUAAAAAGCUUGUGACUUUGCUGUCCACUGUGCAUGGUGCCACCAUGACAGAAAUGGUAAAUAGGAAGAAAGAAACAGUGUCGAAACCAGCUGUAGUCAUCGACUACAACCACACCAUGGGUGGUGUUGACAAGAGUGAUCAGAUGCUUUCCUACUACCCUACAACCAGAAGCCGACAAAAAAUUUAUUACAAGAAGAUUUUCCGUCACCUCCUAGACAUGGCAGUCUUCAACGCAUUUUUGCUCUACCAGAAACAAGGCGGGAAACUGAGCCACCUGGAGUUCCGGCUGGCGCUGGUCGAAGGAAUGGUCCAGAAGUACCACGAUCCGAACCGCACCCUCAAGAGAGGCAGGCCAUCCGACACCAGCUUGCUGCGUCUGACCGACAGACACUUUGUGUCCUACAUCCCACCGACACCUGGAAAGGAGCUGCCAACACGAAGGUGCGUCGUGUGCUGCAAGGCACGAGGUGGUGGGGACAAGAAGGUGCGCAAAGAAACGCGCUACUGGUGCAAGGACUGUGGCGUGGGACUGUGCGCCAUCCCAUGCUUCGAGGUGUACCACACCAAGGCACAGUUUUGAAGGUUUAUGGAGUUCUUCUCCAACGGGUGUAGAAGUCUGCAUUUCCAGUUUUUAGAACUUUGUUUUUCAACUACGGAAUUCCUGAUGCCGUCUCGG